AUGGCUGAGACUCCUAUGCCUAUCCUCUACAAAAUAAAUUUCACAAAGCUUCCUCAGUGGGAUUUUGAUGAUGUUUAUAACCAGGAUGCACCACCUAGACCGACAGCAUGUGCCCAGUCUCUGCGAAACUCUAACGAUGAAAACUUUAAGAAGGCUUUUCUUCCAAACAUACGUUUGUUUCUGCACAAGGACAACAUCAACAUGAGCGAGUGGAAUCGGCUUUCACAUUUUAAUAAUCCUUUUGGUUUUAUGGAGUUCAGGUACAACGAUGUGAUGAAGUCAGUAAAGUUGAUUCCAAAGCCAAAAGAGCCGUUCCUCCUCCCAAAAUCCGGUGGUGAUGGUUGUGUGCACUGUGCAGUGGUUGGUACUGCAGGAAUCUUGAACAACUCCAGAAUGGGUGUAGAGAUUGAUGCGCAUGAUUAUGUUUUUCGGAUGAAUGGUGCCAUCACCAAGGGCUUUGAAGAAGAUGUAGGAAACAAAACAUCGGUGUAUGUCCACACAGCCCACUCCAUCACUUCAUCUCUUUACAUCCUUAAAAAACACGGAUACAAAGCUGCUCCUCAUGAUGAGGGUAUAAAAUAUGUGUUCAUUCCUGAGGGGAUGAGGGAUUACCAAUGGCUUGAGGGCCUUCUCAAAGGAGAAAAGGUCUCUGCUGGUCCAUACCGGAACAGACUGCCAAGGACCUACUAUUCAGGGCAGUACAAUGAGAGUCGCUUCUACGCUCUACACCAGGAGUUCCUCCGAUAUGUGAAGAACAGGUUCCUAAAGUCACCUAAACUGAAUAGAAAAUCCUGGGCAAUGGUCAGACCAACCAAUGGAGCAUUCACUCUCUUCCUUGCUUUGCAUACUUGUGACACAGUGGAUGCAUAUGGAUUCAUGACUGAUGACUACAUGAAAUACUCCAACUACUAUAUUCAGAAGUACAUUAAAACUAAAGUAAUUUUCUAUGGCAACCAUGACUACAAUUUGGAGAAGAAUACAUGGAAAGACCUUCACAACAGAAAAGUAAUAAAGCUGUAUCAAAGAAUGGAGCCAGAAUCAGGGACUUAA